CAAAUGGAGCGCGACUUCGAGCGGGACAUCAUCCCGAUGGCCCGCGCGGAGGGCAUGGCGCUUGCGCCGUGGGACGUCCUCUCAUCCGGGCGCAUCCGGACGGACGCGGAGGAGGAGAAACGCCGGCAGACGGGCGAGAACGGACGCACUGUCUGGUCGUCGGACUGGGAGCGGACGGAGGCGGAGCGCGCGAUACGCAAGGUCCUCGAGGAGGUCGGGGAGGAGGUCGGCGCGAAGUCGAUCCAGGCCGUGGCAAUCGCGUACGUGAUGCAGAAGACGCAGUACGUGUUCCCGAUCGUCGGCGGGCGCAAGGUCGAGCACAUGCUCGCGAACAUCGCCGCGCUCGAGAUUGCCCUCUCGGACGCCCACAUCGCCAGGAUCGAGUCCGCCUCGUCUUGGAACCCUGGGUUCCCGAUGGACCUCUUCGUAUGCAGCUGUAACCCUUUAGUAGCUUUCUCAGAAGAACGGAUACACAAAAGAGUUGCGCGGGGUUGCGGCCCCAGGGCCCCGUCUAUGUGGCUCGUGAUCAAUGCAAGAAGCACGUUGAAGGCAGUGGAGCGUACCCAGUGGAGACUGGACAAAAGCCGCGUCGCCCAUUGCUUUAUUGACUAA